AUUUUUGUUUUUUAAUAUGGCUGUAAACGUUUCCCUGGUUCGUGAUACAAAAUGGCUGACGUUAGAAGUGUGUCGAGAGUUUCAGAGAGGUACUUGUUCUCGGUCUGAUGCAGAGUGCAAGUUCGCCCAUCCAUCACGGAGUUGCCAUGUGGAAAAUGGUCGAGUUAUUGCCUGCUUUGACUCCCUGAAGGGCCGGUGUACCCGAGAGAACUGCAAAUAUCUCCACCCUCCCCCACACUUAAAAACACAACUUGAAAUAAAUGGACGCAACAACCUGAUCCAGCAGAAGACAGCCGCAGCCAUGUUUGCUCAGCAAAUGCAGUUCAUGCUACCAGGCGCGCAGCUACAGCCAAUUACAACGUUUCCUGUGACUCCAUCGCUUGCAACGAGCCCCACGAUGGCUUUUAGUCCCUACCUGAGUCAUGUUUCUCCGGGGAUGGGCUUGGUUCCUGCAGAGCUUUUACCAAAUACUCCUGUCCUGGUUUCCGGAAAUCCUACUGUUACAGUACCAGGAGGCUCUGCUGGGCAGAAACUGAUGCGUACGGAUAAACUGGAGGUUUGUCGAGAGUUUCAGCGUGGAAAUUGCACACGUGGUGAGAAUGAUUGCCGCUAUGCUCACCCUAUAGAUAUUGCAAUGAUAGACACAAAUGAAAAUACUGUUACAGUUUGCAUGGAUUACAUCAAAGGUCGAUGCUCUAGGGAGAAAUGCAAGUACUUUCAUCCCCCUGCACACCUGCAAGCCAAAAUCAAGGCAGCUCAACACCAGGUGAACCAGACAGCUGCAGCUGCAAUGGCCCUGCCGCCUGGUGCCCUUCAACCUUUACCAAAGAGGCCAGCACUUGAAAAAAACAAUGGUGCCACCACAGUCUUUAACCCAAGCGUUUUCCACUACCAACAGGCUCUAGCCAACAUGCAGUUGCAACAGCCUACAUUCAUCCCUACAGGGUCAGUUCUGUGCAUGACACCCACUGCAAGCGUUG